UUUUUUUUCAUUUAAAGUCAUGACAAUUGCAUUUGAUCAAGAGAGUCUUAUUAAACAUGCUUCUUCUGUGUCUUUAGUUGAUUCACGGCAUUCAAUCACAACUUCACUCUGUACAUAUCAACGUCGAGUUUCUUUCGACAAUGUCACCAAUAUCUCGCCCAAUUAUCACUCGUAUACACUUAAACAGUCAAGUCAAGGAUUUGAAAGAACAAGACGCUCUCGUAUUUUUAUGGUUGUCAUUGAUUUACUAAGAACAAGUGCAAAAGAGAACAUCAAAAUAAAAGAUCCAUUGAUAUUUACUUUAAUGAAUUUGAUAGAUGAAGGUGAUGAAAUUGUGGUGAUAGGUGUACAGUCUUCUUUGCAUGAUACUGAACAACAGACUAGUUUAUCUAAAAGAAAAGCACAAGAAAUAAUGGAUUGGAUAGUUGAAUUUCAUCAAGGAGACCAUAUAAACAUGAUUGUUGAAUUGACAUUUGGUAGACCAGAGAUUAUAUUAGAAGAAAUGACGAGAAUGUAUCAACCCUCCAUGGUCAUUGUGGGUGCAUGUAACAAGACUAAAUAUAAGCAUGCAUAUUCUGGUGCAGGCAUAUUUAAAUAUCGAUUGAAGCAUACACAUACGCCUAUUGUGGUUGUUAGAGAUAAACAAGCAGUGACCAUGAAACCCCUUGUUCAUCCUAAGCAUACUUUAUCUGAAAGAAUUAGAGAAAAACUAGCCAAAUUGAAUUGUACCAAAUAGAGCCUUUCCCCCUCUCUUCUCUCCGCUUGUUUUUUCCCGAACACAU